CUUUUACACAUUUCUCGGCUUAACAAAACAGAGAGAAAAGAGAGUGAAAGAGAGAGAUAUGCAAGAUUCUCUAUUUAAACUGUUUGGCUCUGUCAAACUGAUACAAGAAGUGACAAGGUCAAACCAGUCUAAUACGACGUCUGUCUCUAUAGACACUGAAGCAAACACUACACCUAUACCAACCUCAUCUCCAACAACUCGAUCCACAACAGAACAAAAGCCACUCAUCCCAACACCUAUACCCAGCCUACUUCCCAGCAAAUCCCGAGCCAAGUCUUAUACUCGAAAAAAUGCUAAAUACAUGCGUCAUCAUCGCACUCGCUCCUUUAGCACCAAAAUGUCAAAGAGUAAAUCACAAAAAUUAUUGUGUUUAUGGCCAUUGCCUCUUGUCACUCGCUAUAUGAUUGGAAUGGCUUUGUGUAUCUCCACACUUCAUUUUUUUGAUUUACUCAGCCUGUCUUGUGCUGCACCUUCGUAUGUCAUCCAUCGUCUGGAUAUCAAAAACUUGGUCCUUUCACCCUUUUUGUUUGAUUGGACAGUGCCAAGUAUGGUCCUGUAUGGUUGGAACAUGUUGAUCUUGGGAUUAUUUGAAGAAUCCUUGGCUCAUAUGGUGGGUGGUUCUUGUCGAUUUGUUGGCCUCUUGGGCUUUUUGUUCUCUGUCGUCUCUGGCUUGCGUAUCUUGUUAGGUUUCAUUUUCUCUAAAUCUACAGGUUGGGCUGUUCCUUCUUUGUUCUUUAGUAAUUCAAUGCAUGAGUGUAGUCAAGGACUUUCUCCGUUUUUGUUUGCGCUACUUGUUGUUCAAUCACUCAGCAUAGAGGAUAAAUAUAUAUUGAUCUAUGGACAAGAAGAAUCAAACAACAAAAUCACAGUUCGAAAAGUGACAUUGCAACUCUUGAUGUGUUUAGCCAAUUACAUGACCAAGAAUAUCUUGUGGUGGUCCAUGUCUGGCCUUAUCACUGGCUUCAUCACCACAGUCUUACUUCAGACCAUCUUGGUGUUUGAAAAACGGACAGAUUCGACCAAAGUGAAAGAUGUUGCUGAAUUUGUAGCAUUAGAACGGUACCGUCGUACACCCCUUUGGCGAUUGAUUUGGGGGGCUGUUCAAAAGGGCAUCUGGGUUGUUGGACUCACGGUGCCUAUCUUGUUAGCCUGCAAUGCCUAUUACACCCGCGAGUUUAAAGUAACUUCAGCAGAACUCAACAGUAUCUCACAAGAUCCGUAUUUGUUUACUUUUGUGUUCAUGACAGCCCCUCGACGUGGUGAUCCUGCUUAUCUGGCAAGAACGAUUGAAUCCUAUUUAGCCAACUGGCCUGAAUAUCCUGCAGCUGAUUCACCUUAUCGUCGUAUGCAAGCCAUGAUUUAUACUCAUUUCUCUCAUCAUGCACAGUAUGAUAUUGCCCAAGCUUAUUUCUCCAAGACAGUUAAAGGUCAACGGUACUUAAGAUGGGUGCGUGAAGAAGGCGAAGAGUUAAACCAACGCCUUCAUGUCUCGAAAGCUUUGGAUUAUGUUGGACAGCAUUUUCAAAGUACUUAUUAUGCCUUAAUGGAAGAUGAUUUCCCUGUAUGUGGGUUACAAGAAUGGCAUGAAAUUGAAAAUGUGAUCUAUAAAUCAGAAAAAAAUGUACCUCAUCAUUGUGGUGUCUUUGUGGGUACAGGUGGAAGUGGUCUUUUCUUGAAACCUGAAUUGGCUCGUUUGACUUCUGAAUUACUCUUGACUUAUGUAGAUAUACCACCCGAUAUUAUUAUUCAAAAGUGCUUAAUGGGCCAAUUGCCCGAAUGUACUCGUUGUACUGAUUCUUUAGUGACAAGCAAGACAUUGCUCAUGUAUCAUAUUGGUUAUAAUACCUCUACAAGUCAAGAUAGAGUGUACAAAAAAAACGAAUUUCAAUGUGGAUGGCGUCACCCAUUUAAUGGUGAUCCCAGUGUCAUUACACUUUAAUAUAUAUUUAUCAUAGACUUAUUAUU